AGGGGGCCCCACGGCAGGGCCCAGCCUGGGGCUAUGGAGCCCCUGCCCCGGUGCCGCCCCUGCAGGACGAUCCGCUUGGUCCUGUGGGAAUUGCAGCCCCUGCUCUGAGCGGACCCUCCACGCCGGGGACCCGCUGGCGCUGAGAAUGUGCAACACCACCCUGGUCAGCUGCAACGUGGAGUCCAAGAUCGACCACCUCUUCCCCCCCACGCUGUACAUCAUGGUCAUCACCAUGGGGCUGCCCACCAACUGCAUGGCCCUGUGGGCCGCCUACCUGCAGGUCCGGCAGCACAACGAGCUGGGCGUCUACCUGCUCAACCUGUCCGUGGCCGACCUGCUCUACAUCGCCACCCUGCCCCUGUGGAUCGACUACUUCCUGCACUACGACAACUGGAUCCACGGGCAGGAGUCCUGCAAGCUCUUCGGCUUCGUCUUCUACACCAACAUCUACAUCAGCAUCGCCUUCCUGUGCUGCAUCUCCGUGGACCGCUACCUGGCCGUGGCCCACCCGCUGCGCUUCGCCAAGGUGCGCCGGAUCAAGACGGCCGUGGCCGUGAGCGUCGUGGUCUGGGCCAUCGAGAUCGGGGCCAACUCGGCCCCGCUCUUCCACAACGAGCUCUUCCACGACCGCUACAACCACACCUUCUGCUUCGAGAAGUACCCCAUGGAGGAGUGGGUGGCCUGGAUGAACCUCUACCGGGUCUUCAUCGGCUUCCUCUUCCCCUGGGUGCUCAUGCUCUUCUCCUACCAGGGCAUCCUGCGGGCCGUGCGUGGCAACGUCUCCACCGAGCAGCAGGAGAAAGCCAAGAUCAAGCGGCUGGCCCUCAGCCUCAUCGUCAUCCUCCUCUUCUGCUUCGCCCCCUACCACGUCAUCCUGCUGUCCCGCAGCGCCGUCUACCUCAGCAAGCCUUGCGACUGCAGCUUCGAGGAGAAGGUCUUCGUGGCCUACCACAGCUCGCUGGCUUUCACCAGCCUCAACUGCGUGGCCGACCCCAUCCUGUACUGCUUCGUCAACGAGGGGGCCCGCGGCGACGUGGCCAAGGCCCUGUCCACCCUGCUGCGCUUCCUCACCAGCUCCAAGCCCCAGGAGAUGGCCACUGCCUCGCUCACCCUGGACACCCCGCUCUCCUCCAAGAAGAGCAGCUUCUGCCGGCUCCCCGCGCCCCCCCAGCCCCCGCCCCCGCCCCCCCCGGGCCCACCCGAUGAGGAGCUGCAGAUGAAGAUCUUGACUUUCAACCCAUGA